AAAUCCUUGGCUUCUCCCAAGAAGCAAGACCGUGACAAAGGAACUGGGUCAGAGGAGAGCCAUUUCCGGAGCAGAGCAGGAGGGAACUGGGUCAGGCUACGCAGGCCAGGCAGCCAGCCCGCCACGUCGACCUCACGGCCAUGGCCCAACCCUUCUCUUCUUCCUUCUCCUGCUUCCCUCGCCGCCCGCCUGCCUCCACCUCCUCCUGCUUCCCUCGCCGCCCGCCUCCUCCCACCUCCUCCCCAAGAACGAGAGCGUCUGCCCUCUCCUCUUCUUGGCACCCUCCCAGGCGCAGAGCGCGCCGCCGGUUCGUCACGGCCGCGUCCUCCCUCCACCUCGGCCCGGACCAGAUCGCCGAGCUCGCGCGCAACAAGGUUUUGAUUGCGGCGACCGCGGCGACCGCGAUCGGGCAGCUGUCCAAGCCGUUCACUUCGGGGAGCGGCCGCCUCCUUGACCUAAGGACCGUCUUCCGGUCCGGAGGGAUGCCCUCCACCCACUCUGCUGGUGUUGUGGCAGUGGCUACUUCGCUUGGGCUAGAAAGGGGGUUUGCAGACUCCAUAUUCGGGAUGUCAGUGGUGUUUGCAGCGAUUGUAAUGUAUGAUGCUCAGGGAGUCAGAAGAGAGGUUGGUAACCAUGCAAAGGUUCUGAACAAGUUCUUGGUCCUUAGAGAGAAGGCACUUCAGGAUUCGGAGGUGGACAUGGCUUCUGAGCUCGUUUCAGUUCCGGAGGAGGCGAUUUCUUCGUCCCGUUCAAAUGCGAGCCCCUCCCUGAGGCACAGUUCUGGGACAGCAUCUCCAAGGUUGAGCGCGCUCCGGAGUUCAGGUUCAGAAUCUGAGGUAACUGAACUGGCGGAGCUGAAGCUAGAGGAGGGUUCCCAGUUGAGCGAAUCUGUUGGCCACACAGAGCUCCAGGUCGCGGCCGGCGCCUUGUUAGGCUUUGUUGCAAGCUUAGUCGUAUAUGCGACACUGUGACGCCACUAUUUUUACGUUCUUAGUCACAUGUCUGCUAUUUGGUUACUUCAACUGUAAUACAAGUGAUUAUUCAUUGUUACAACGAUUAAAUAGGAAAAACCUUUCAUCAAAUGAUAUGAACUGAGAUGACGUUUGAGCC